GUCUCCUCCAGCAAAUAAAAACCAUAAAAAGGCGAGUUUUUUACCCAAUCUUCCGAUCUUUUAUUCUUCCUUCAUCGCUUUGAUCGUCAUCACCCAGAUCCUCCAUUCUCCUUCGUUCCUCCUUGGAGGAUCAGAUCUUGGAAGGUCCUCAGCUCAAGGAGAGGAGUAGAAGAAGAAGAAGGGUGAGGAGAGAGAGAGAGACUUUGAAUUGAAGGAUGUCUUCUUUCACAGGAACUCAGCAGAAAUGCAAGGCUUGCGAGAAGACGGUGUACCCUGUGGAGCUUCUCUCAGCUGAUGGUGUUAGCUAUCACAAGUCUUGCUUCAAAUGCACUCACUGCAAGUCCAGGCUUCAGCUGAGUAGAUACUCAUCAAUGGAAGGUGUGUUGUACUGUAAGCCUCAUUAUGAGCAGCUCUUCAAGGAGUCUGGUAGCUUCACCAAGAACUUUCAGUCACCUGUUAAACCGGCGGCUGAGAAAUCAAGUCCUGAGCUGACAAGGACCCCUAGCCGAGUUGCUGGUAUGUUCUCAGGCACACAAGAGAAAUGCGCCACUUGCAGUAAAACUGUCUAUCCUAUCGAAAAGGUAACAGUGGAGAGCCAGACAUAUCACAAGUCCUGCUUCAAAUGCUCACACGGAGGCUGCCCUAUCUCACCAUCAAACUACGCAGCUCUUGAAGGGAUUCUCUACUGCAAGCACCAUUUCGCUCAGCUUUUCAAGGAAAAGGGAAGCUACAACCACUUGAUCAAAUCUGCUUCCAUCAAACGCUCUGCCGCAGCCGCAGUCGCUGCCGGUACACCUGCAGCCGCCGUACCUGAAUCUUAAAAAACUCAAAUAAUCCUCUCUCUAUUCUCUAGUCUAAAUUGAAAACUCGAUGCCAAACUGAUUCAGUUUGUUUUCUCAGUUUGUGUCUUUUGUGUAUGAGUGUGUAAUCUAUCUAUCCUUUGAUGUUCUUUGCUUCCUUUAAUCUCUCCUAAAGCUUGUUUGUUGUCGUGAUUUGCUAUCUCUAUAAAAAAAACUCAGACUUUCCUU